AUGCAUGAUCAUCUGAUGACGCCCAAUGUUCUUUGCCAGGAAUCUCGAUCACUGAUUGUUCGUGCUGUCAAUGUGACGAUGCGUGCAUUUCAAAAAGCUGGUCAAUUUCAAUUAUCAUCUGCUAUCGAUGACCUUCUUGUUCGUCGUCGUUACACAAAACGAUCAACUGAUUCAUGUUCAUCGAUAUCAAGUUCAGCAACAACAACUACAAUCUUGAGCUUCGUUGAUGUUCGCGAAGCGAAUAUUUUAUUUGUUUUAAUGUUAAAAACGCGAAUAUCGGCCAAAAUGUAUCUAGGCUAA